ACAACAACUGUUGCUCCAACCACCACAACAGUGGCUCCAACCACCACAACAGUUGCUCCAACAACAACAACUGUUGCUCCAACCACCACAACUGUUGCUCUAACCACCACAACUGUUGCUCCAACCACUACAACUGUUGCUCCAACAACUGUUGCUCCAACCACCACAACUGUUGCUCUAACAACAACUUUUGCUCCUACCACCACAACUGUUGCUACAACAACAACAACUGUUGCUCCAACCACCACAACAGCGGCUCCAACCACCACAACUGUUGCUCUAAAAACAACAACAACUGUUGCUCCUACCACCACAACUGUUGCUCCAACCACUACAACUGUUUCUCCAACAACAACUGUUGCUCCAACAACAACUGUUGCUCCAACCACCACAACUGUUGCUCAAACAACAACUGUUGCUCCGACCACCACAACUGUUGCUCCAACAACAACAGUUGCUCCGACCACUACAACUGUUGCUCCAACAACAACUGUUGCUCCGACCACUACAACUGUUGCUCCAACAACAACUGUUGCUCCAACAACAACUGUUGCUCCAACCACCACUACAGUUGCUCCAACAACCACAACUGUUGCUCCAACCACCACAACAGUUGUUGCAACAACAACAACAGUUGCUCCAACCACCACAACUGUUGCCCCAACCACCACAACUGUUGCUCUAAAAACAACAACUGUUGCCCCAACCACAACUGUUUCUCUGACCACUACAACUGUUGCUCUAACAACAACUGUUGCUCCAACCACCACAACUGUUGCUCCAACAACAACAACUGUUGCUCCAUCAACAACAACUGUUGCUCCAACCACCACUACAGUUGCUCCAAAAACAACAACAGUUGCUCCAACCACCACAACUGUUGCUCCAACCUCAACAACAGUUGCUCCAACUACCACAAUUGUUCCUCCAACAACAACAAUUGUUGCUCCAACCACCACUACAAUUGCUCCAACCACAACAACAGCUGCACCAACAACCACAACGACUGCAACAACAACCACUACAGCUGCACCAACAAGCACAACAGCUGCACCAACAACCACAACUGCAGUUAGAACUCAACCACAACUUACAAUGUCACCAAAGCCAAAUACUACAACGAUUCUUAAAACAAGCAUAUCAACAAAUAGAAGCACAAAACAUCCAACAACAACUAAUAUCACAAAACGUCUAACAACAGUUAUAACCACCAAACAUCCAGCAACCACAAAACAUCUAACAACAACCACAAAACGUCUAACAACAACCACAAAACAUCCAGCAACCACAAAACGUCUAACAACAACCACAAAAUAUCCAGCAACCACAAAACGUCUAACAACAACCACAAAACAUCCAGCAACCACAAAACGUCUAACAACAUCCACAAAACGUCCAGCAACCACAAAACAUUUAACAACAACCACAAAACAUCCAGCAACUACAAAACGUCCAGCAACCAUAAAACGUCCAGCAACCACAAAACGUCCAGCAACCACAAAACGUCCAGCAACCAUCACAACAACUCCAGUUACAACCCGCCCUCCACCAACUGUAACUAUAAGUGUUGUGAUAUUACUUGAUUUUGUUCCAGCACUCGAAGACCAUCAAAGUAGUACAUUUAAGGAAAUGGCACAGCGUGUCACUAUGUGGUGUGAGCCAGUUUACAGAAGCAAGUAUGGAUUACUUUUUGUCAGAAUCAUUGUGGUUUCAUUCAGAGGUAUUGCUAGAACCCGAAUGGGACAAUAUGUUGAAGCGGAGAUUCAGGUAGUGUUCAAUGAAACUUCUCCUCAAACUAUCCCAAGCGACGUUAAGGUUGCGGAAGACCUAAAGGCAGCAGCAGCAAAUGCAACCUUCCAAGCUAACCUCCCCAUUUCUCCUAACUCCAUUACUGUGACUAAACAAAUGCAGAGAAUCCCUGUGACCUUCUUGACCAAUGGCACAUACCUGCCAGCCCUUUUAAAUUCGACAUCCGAUGAUUUUCUAAACAGGUCAUCAAUGAUAAAACUAUGGCUUGAACCUUUCUUCAUCACAGAUUAUAAAGCAUCAUUCAGUGUUUUAUAUUUAACCAACUACAGUUCUUAUUCCAAAAACACUGGUCUAAAAGUGAACAUCCCCACAAUCAAAAAUGGAAUGGAUCUUACUUUUCCAGCAAACACAAUUUUACCCAAUGACACACAGAUAGUGAACACUAUGCUCCGAGCCGCCUACAACGAGACAUUACCUUUUAAAAUCUUCACUUAUGAAAUUGUGGUCAAUGGCACAGCGUACUCCUCAGGUGAAGCGAGCAGUCGGACCAGCAUGUUGACGGCUUCGCUCCUGGUUGUUUUGUCACUUCUAGUCACGCGGUUCGAUUGAUCUUCUACUACAUGUACGCUGUCAUGAUUAUUAUUUAUUUGCAUGUUAUUUCAUCUUUCUUGUGCUUCUUGAAAAAUGUUAAUUGGGGAAAAGGCUGUGCCUCCCCAGGAUAUUUGUAACUCUCCAAUGCAACACCAAACCCCCACCCUUAAAACUGUACAGUCUUUACACACCAAUGCCAAGCAUUACAAAACAUCUUACACUUGAUGACAUGAAGUGUCUGGCACAAACAAUUUCCAUCUUCAUGAAACCUGGAGAACAGCUCAGAUAUACGACAAACUGUGAAAGGACCCAAUGCCAAAAACAUCUGAGAUAAAACUCCUCCUGAGAUUCACCCGAACAACUGUACUCUCAGGCUGUUGUGUCAUAAAUAUCCAUCUUUACAACACACUACACUAACACAAAAUGAAUUCUCAGUAAGCACUUACUCCUCUUGUAUGGUAGUUAGUUAGUAAGUUAUGUAUGUGUUGUUAGAUUUCUCCUUGUAAUCAUGUAAUGGAGGUCUAUAGAACUGAUCCUUUCCGUGUUUAUGCACCUCUGAGGCCCAGGGAAAUCCAAUGAACCCAUGGAUUUUACUUUCUGUUCAUCUUUUUUGAGGGCGAUCCUAAUGAAAGUCCUGGACUUUCUUUUAUUUGUAUACAUGUAUGCGUCUGUCUUUGGUGUGCUGUUUAAGUCCACAUUAAGUCAUUGUGUUGAAUUUAGACAAAUACAAGUAUCUCAAAGUCUCAAAUUAAAUAUCUCUCUGGUGUUAAUUUUAUCAUAAAAAAUGUAUUUAUCCAAAUAUAUUCUUUGUUAAACGUAUUCACACUGGAUGUGGUUUAAGAAUGUAAUGGGGGUUCCAGAAUAGAGACCCUCGUGUAUUUAUUCUUAUUGUUUUAGCUUUAAACUAUAUUAACUUAUGAUUUAUGUUGUAAUUUUGUAAAAUUUUAAUUUAUAUAGUGACAUAUAUAUAAAUAUAGUAAUAUAUAAUUAAUUUCUUUUAGGCAUGUGUUAAUGUAAUCAGCAGUUUAAAAAAUAAAUCAAGCUGUUAUUUACUGUUUUGUGCUAAAUAAAGUUUUAUUAGAAAUGCUUUA